AUGAAAGGCGUCUCGAGGUUCGGUAGGAAGGAAAAACUAAGUCCACGAUUUAUUGGGCAUUGCGAGGUUUUGGAGCGAAUUGGCCCAGUAGCUUAUCGAUCGGUGUUGCCACUGUCUCUCUCAAUAGUUCACAAUGUUUUUCAUGUUUCGAUGUUGAGGAAGUAUGUGGCAGAUCCAUCCUAUGUGGUGGAUUUUGAACCAUUACAGUUGAAUGAGAACUUUAGAUAUGAGGAAAAGCCUAUUCGAAUUCUCGCCAGGGAGGUGAAGACUUUACGCAAUAGGAAGAUAGUACUAGUGAAAGUUUUAUGGCAGAAUCACCAGUUCAAAGAGGCAACAUGGGAACGAGAGGAUGAGAAGAGAGCCCAGUACCCAGAGCUUUUUCAGGAUUAA